CUCUUCCUUCUUUCCUUCCUCCUUUCUUUUUCUUCUGUUUGUCUGUCUCUGGGUCUCUGUCUUUAUCUCUCUGCUUUUGACUGUCUCUUUUUGUGUAUUCCUCUCUUUGUAUUCCUCUCUUUUUCUUUCUCCAUUUCUCUCUGUCUCUGUUUAAAAAAAAAAAAAAAAAGCUUACCAGGUUAUGGGAUCAAACUUUUUUUCAUUUAUUCUUAAUUGGAAAUAAGUGAAACAGGUAUUCUUUGGGAUUGUGUAACCAUAUCUGGUGACAGGAAUCUACCUUAAAGAGAUUUCAGAGGUCAGCUUGUUACAGAGUUCAAUCACCUCUAAGUUGUACAAGGGAAACUUUAGAAGUGGGUGUGUUACUGUUAAGAGAGUUACCCUUGUGGGUUGGGGCUUUAAAAGACUGUAGUCAUCACUCUCAGUUAAAAGGUACACCUCCCUCCCUCAGGGACUGCUCAGCAUAUGUGGUUGGAGGGUGAUCAGUGGAAAGUGAAGAAAGAAGAAUUAUGCUGCUUCAAAGAAUCAGUUGUUUGUCCUAGAAUCAGGGCAUUCUAGUUUCCCGGUCCAGAAAACCAGCUGCCUCAUCCUCUGACAUUUAGAUGAAGAGUAAAAAACUUCAAGAACCAACUUGCAAAGCAAUCUUCUCUCUCUAGCAGCCUCCAAGUCUUCUAGGCAAACCUUCCAGGCUUUAGUCUCAGCCCUGAGUGAUUCACUGGGCAACAGGAAGGCCAGAGGCAUUGUAAGGGAAUCCACAUCAGAAACAUAGCAACAUGGAUGGUAGUGAUGGGCAUGUUGGGGCCCUGCCGGGGUCAGAGUGGUCAGAAGAAGAGCUGGAGGAACUUCUGUGGCUUUACCGGACGGAUGACUCUACACCAUGGAAUAUUGCUGUCCUCGUCCUCUCAUGUGCAGUAUUAGUCCUGAAUGUCUUCCUUCUAGGGAGAAGUAUCAUGGCAAACAGAAAACGGAAAAUGAAUUCCCAGGAAAAACAAGAAAUGAAAAUCAAAUCCUCUUCUGAGACUACAAACAAUAAGGAGGACCCUUCGUCAUCGAAGGAUGAUAAUGGCUUGAAUGUUUUAAAGGAAACAUUGCUCUCUCAAAACCAAAACGCAGAACAGACAACAGUUGAGUGGAAAGAAAAAGCCCAUGUCGACAUUGCUCCAGAGUCAUCAGAAUCUGGAGUCUAGUGAGAUUACGGGGAGCUGAAAAAUGAAAACCAGGGAAGUAUUUUCAACACCAGGUGCCUGCUUGGUGGGUUAAAUUAAAACCACCAAAGUUCUGCCAAACACAUCAUAGUAACCAAAGACAUAAACAGUAACUGUGGGCCAAAUGUUUUGUACUUAAGGAAAACUAAAGGACAAAUCACCAUUUAAAAUGCUAUUAUUUUUCUCUAAGAAUUCUUUAUUAAAAUGUUUCCAGAAGUGUUCAACAAAA